AACUUCAGAUAUGAAAUAGGCAUCCUAUACUGUGUUUCAUUAGGACAAUAAAUUCUAUUCAUGGGCAUUGUUCAUGCCAUACACAAGCCUCCUAGUUUAAAGCACCCUUUCUGCUUAACUUUGCAAACUGUGUAGCAUCCCAUGAGUAGGUUACUGAGCUCUUAACCAUGUUAAGAUAGAAAUACAUAGCAAAGCACCUACUAAAAGUGGAAGGCGAGGCAAUUUAGGAGUUUGAAUUGUUUAAAGACUGAAGCCUUUUAGUUUUAAGGGACUUUUUUUUAUUCUUCAAAAUGCAACAGGGAACUGAAAAAAUGAAACUAGGACAUUUCACUAGCAAUUUGAAUUAUUCACUCAGGGUUUCCUCUACAUCUCCAUGUGGGAACAGACACUUCUACCUUAAAGGCCCUUUGGGAAGAAUGUAGAAGACCACUGCGAGACUUAGCUUUAGAGUUAAGGGGAAGGACGGUGUGGCUGCCUUCUGAACUGGAAGAAGCAAAGGCUGUACCUGCCCUGGACUGAAGUUUAAGACUCCACACACUUCUUUCUUUCGCAGUGUAUGCACACAGUUGCUGUGACCCUCCAGGAAUUCGGGAAUCUGAAGUGUCAGGUAGGUAAGAGAGCCAGGAGGAGGAACACAGAGUAACUUGAGGUUGUGCAGCCACUGUUGUAUUGAUCCGAUGACUCGUAUCUGUCGGAACCGACAUCGGGCCCGGAGAGGCCAUUCCCCAGGUCCCGGCCCCGGGUGCAGUCGGGGACCCUGCGGCUCUCGGUGCGUCGGUGCCGUCGGCGUCCUCUAGGCGGACGCCUGCGCCCCGUGCCCAGUCAGCAGGGAAGUGACACCAGACGGAACGCGACGUGAGUCCGCGGGUACCAGGGCUUCCCUCUGCCUUCCUUCGAUCAUGGUUGUGACGUCACGCCCGGGCCCUACCGUUGCCAAGGGACGUCUGCGUUCCGGUUCCGGUCGGUUACCCCGGAGCUUGGGUACACAGAAGCAGUCCGCCAGAGGCCAAAGGGUUGCGCGGAGUGUGAACCCCACGCGCGGCGCCAUGAGCCAGCGCCAGGUGCUGCAAGUGUUCGAGAUGUACCAGAAUGCCCGGACCCGGUUCGUACAGAUGGUGGCAGAGCAGGCGACCAGACCUCAGAACAUCGAGACACUGCAGAAUGCGGGUAUAAUGUCCUUGCUGAGGCCUCUUCUUCUGGACGUGGUUCCAACGAUUCAGCAGACUGCCGCCCUGGCCCUGGGGAGGCUGGCCAACUAUAACGAUGAUUUAGCCGAAGCUGUCGUCAAGGGCGACAUUCUUCCACAGCUUGUCUACUCAUUGGCAGAGCAGAAUUGUGUCUACAAGAAAGCAGCUGCCUUCGUGCUGCGAGCAGUUGGUAAGCACUCUCCGCAGCUGGCGCAGGCCACGGUUGACUGUGGCGCCCUGGACUCGCUGGUGAUGUGCCUGGAAGAUUUUGACCCUGGAGUUAAGGAGGCUGCAGCCUGGGCACUUGCAUAUAUUGCAAGGCAUAAUGCAGAACUGUCACAAGCUGUGGUGGAUGCGGGAGCCGUUCCUCUUUUAGUGCUCUGUAUCCAGGAGCCAGAAAUUGCUUUGAAAAGGAUUGCUGCCUCGGCCCUCAGCGAUAUUUCAAAGCAUUCUCCAGAGUUAGCACAGACGGUGGUGGACGUAGGAGCUAUUGCUCACUUAGCCCAGAUGAUCCUCAACCCUGAUGAAAAAUUGAAGCACCAGGUCCUUUCAGCUCUCAGCCACAUUGCAAAGCACUCUGUGGACCUAGCAGAGAUGGUUGUUGAAGCCGAGAUUUUCCCGGUUGUUCUCACCUGUCUGAAGGACAAAGAUGAAUACGUGAAGAAAAAUGCUUGUACUUUAAUUAGAGAGAUCGCUAAGCACACACCCGAGCUUUCCCAGCUGAUCGUUAAUGCAGGAGGUGUGGCUGCAGUGAUCGACUGCCUGGAGUCCUGCAGAGGGAACAUCCGGCUGCCCGGCAUCAUGAUGCUCGGGUACGUGGCCGCUCACUCCGAGAACCUGGCCAUGGCAGUGAUCAUCUCCAAGGGUGUGCCCCAGCUGUCAGCCUGCCUGUCAGAGGAACCUGAAGAUCACAUUAAAGCCGCGGCUGCCUGGGCUCUAGGGCAGGUUGGGAGACACACUCCGGAGCACGCGCGGGCCGUUGCUAUCACCAACGUGUUGCCAGUGCUGCUGGCUUUGUACAUGUCCGCAGAGAGCUCUGAGGACCUGCAGGUCAAAAGUAAAAGGGCCAUAAAGAAUAUCAUCCAGAAAUGCACCUACCUCCCAGCCCUCGAGCCGUUUCUCUACGAUGCACCUCCCAAUAUCCUGAAGUAUGUGGCCGGACAGUUCAGCAAGGUGUUGCCUCAUGACAGCAAAGCUCGCCGGCUUUUUGUAACGAGCGGUGGACUUAAGAAGAUCCAAGAGAUAAAGGCGGAACCUGGUUCCCUCCUCCAAGAAUACAUCAACAAUAUUAACAACUGCUACCCAGAGGAGAUAGUAAGGUACUAUUCUCCUGGAUACUCAGAUACACUUCUGCAGAGGGUGGACAGCUAUCAGCCGCUCACGAACUGAACAAAGUAUAUCUGUAAACUCAGAUUCACAGGAGAGUCUGCACACCUGUUAAAGAUCUUUCUGAAAUGUUUGAACUAGUGAAUCUUAGUUUUGUUCAAUGUGAAAUACCUUUAAUAUUUCCUAUAUUUUGUAAUACUUUAUAAAUUAUUAGCUGCAAUGUGUGGAAGACUAAUUAUAAUCAUUUGCACGGGUAGAGAUAUGCAUAAAAGGUAAUGAAGGUUUUAAGGUAUUUACUUUUCUACAAAACACACAAACACAGUACAACACACAUCCUUACUACUAGAUAGAAAUGAGAUGUGUUGUUUGAAAACCCUUAGUUAUUUCCCCAUGGGGGUGGCUAAGGAAGACGACCUUGACAGUUACACAGAAAAUAAGGAGGGGAGUAUGGGAAGACGGAAGUCGUGACAGAAAUGCAGGGCUCGUGCGCUGCAUGGUUGCUUACGUGCUCUGAAUUAAUGCAGCAGCUCUGCAGCUAGCCACCUGCCCGGUUUCCUAAGCAUUCAGGAAAACUUAUUAUUAUUGUGAAACACUUUUCUCCUCACCCUAGGCGAAGUGUUCCUUCCCUUUCGUGCACUCUGUCGGCAAGCUCUCCGUUGUCUCUGAGACGUCUCGUCGUGAUUCCCGUACAAGGGAAAUGGGUCUUCAGGAUUCCCUUGUCCCAGGUUCCCUUCCCCACGUAUUUUCAGAAUUCACAGAAAUCACCUCAAAUUCAUGGAUUUAAGGUCUAAUUUGAGUAGAACAGCAGCAGGCUCAGGCUUAAUGCAUUUCAUUUAAGAAGCUGUAAUGGGGCCCCAGCAGAUUAAAAAAAAAAAAAAACAUUAAAAAUAGCAUUGCUUUUUUUUUUUUUUUUUAAAUUUUCCUACUUGGCCUUAGGAACUUGUGCUUGGAUUUAGGAGUCUUGGUUGUUACGCCUAUGUUUUUGGGCCUAAUAGGACAUUUCUCUUUUUAAUUAAUCUUAUUAUAUGUGUGAGUGUUUGUGUAUGUCCGUGGAUCCUGUGCAUACCUGGAGCUGAUGGAGCCCAGAAGAGCACUUUCUCGGAGGCCCGAAGAACAGAGAGGGACAGGAUAUUCAGAGAAUCCCGAAGCUACAGUGGGUCCAGUCCUAAACACCUGGAUCCAUCAUUCCUUCUCGAACUCCUGUGUUGUUUAGUCUCCUCAGGAUGAAGGUACCCAUUUACAUGGGAUAUUUUCCUGGGUUUACCUCCAUAUUCCUUAUUUUCUACCACCAAACAGAUUUGAAAACCUCUUCAUAACCAGCAACCACUUUCCCGUCUUGUUUUCACUGCUGUCAGGCUGGAACACCUAGUGGAACACCUAGUGGAACACCUAGUGGAACACCUAGUGGAACACCUAGUGGAACACCUAGUGGCUUCCUGUUUGUGGUUGUAUGCUGGGACUGAGCUUGUAGUCCUGUACGGACAACGACACCCCCACUCCUGAGUUCAUUUCCUAAUAUUUUCAUAGCCCAUUUUAUUCUUUGCAGCAAUUUCCUAGACUCAUUGCAUAGUAAAACAUCAUUUUUAUUCCCAAUCUUUUAGCUUCCCUUUCUUUUUCUUGUCUCUCCACCAGUUUUUCCUAUAAAAACCAUUUAACGAUUGGAGGACAUUAAAGCUUUCAUCUUCCU